GCCAUUGCUCAGCAGCAGUAGUAAAGCCACGCCUGACAGACAGCUGGUUCAUUUCUGGUUGCUGCCUUGCUGGUGGUAGCCCUCGGCGCAGGCAGCCAAGAACAGAGAGAGCGAGAUGGAUGUGAACGACGUGCUGCUAGUGGUGCUGGCGGCGGCGCUGGCUGCCAUGUGGUGGCGUCGGUGCUCCAAGACCGGCGGUGUCGACGGCCUCCCGCCGGGGCCUCCGGGUUGGCCGGUGGUGGGGAACCUGUUCCAGGUGAUCCUGCAGCGACGGCCCUUCAUGUACGUGGUGCGCGACCUCCGGGAGAAGUACGGGCCCAUCUUCACCAUGCGGAUGGGGCAGCGCACCCUCAUCGUGGUCACCUCGGCGGAGCUCAUCCACGAGGCGCUGGUGAAGCAGGGCCCCAUGUUCGCGAGCCGGCCCGAGGACAGCCCCACCCGCCUCCUCUUCAGCGUCGGCAAGUGCACCGUCAACUCGGCGCCCUACGGCCCCCUGUGGCGUGCUCUGCGCCGCAACUUCGUCGCCGAGAUCGUGUCCCCGCACCGCGUCAAGGGCUUCUCCUGGAUCCGGGAGUGGGCCGUGGACGCGCACUUGCGCCGCCUCCGCGCCGAGCUCGCGGCGGACGGUGCCGUGCGGGUCAUGGCCAGCUGCCGCCUCACCAUCUGCAGCAUCCUCAUCUGCAUCUGCUUCGGCGCCAAGAUCCCCGACGAGCUCAUCCGGGAGAUCGAGGAGGUGCUCAAGGACGUGAUGAUGAUGACCAUGCCCAAGCUCCCGGACUUCCUGCCCCUCCUCACGCCGCUCUUCAGGAAGCAGCUCACCGAGGCCCGCGGCCUGCGCCGCCGCCAGCUCAACUGCCUCGUGCCGCUCGUCCGCGCGCGAAGGGACUUCCUCCGCGACGGCACCGCGGCAGCGGCGGACGGCGUGGAGAUGAUGAGCGGGCCCGGGGAAGCGUACGUGGACUCGCUCUUCGACCUGGAGCCGCCCGGCCGCGGGAAGCGCCUCGGCGAGGAGGAGCUCGUCACGCUCUGCUCCGAGGUCAUGAGCGCCGGCACAGACACCAGCGCCACAGCGCUGGAAUGGGCCAUGAUGCACCUCGUCCUCGACCCCGCCGCGCAGGAGCGCCUCUACGACGAGGUCGUCGCCAAGGUCGGCAAGACCGCCCGGAUCACCGAAGCCGACGUCGAGGCCAUGCCCUACCUCCAGGCGGUGGUGAAGGAGACGUUCCGGCGGCACCCGCCGAGCCACUUCGUGCUGUCGCACGCGGCGACGCGGGACACGGAGCUGGGCGGGUACCGCGUGCCGGCGGACGCCAGCGUGGAGUUCUACACGGCGUGGGUGACGGAGAACCCGGCGACGUGGCCGGACCCGGACGCGUGGCGGCCGGAGCGCUUCCUGGAGGGCGGCGAGGGCUUCGACACCGACAUCACCGGCACCCGCGCGCUGCGCAUGAUGCCCUUCGGCGCCGGCCGCCGCAUCUGCCCCGCCGCCACGCUCGGCGUGCUCCACAUCCAGCUCAUGCUCGCCAACAUGGUGCGCGAGUUCCGCUGGCUGCCGCCCGCCGGUGAGGGCCCGCCGGACCCCACCGAGACCUUCGCAUUCACCGUCGUCAUGAAGAACCCGCUCCGGGCAGCCUUCGUCGAGCGGGCCACGACGGAGACGGCGACAACCGCGUGAUGAGCGACAACGAAAAGUAAAAAAAAACAGAGAGAAGUUACUAGUACAAGUUACUCUUUCACUGGGCUCUGGCAGGGUGGGUAAGUUGCUGCAACGUGCGUGUCGUGCGGGGUUAAUUCGGUCCCGCACUCUGCGGUAUAAAUUACAGUUAUUAAUUAAUUAGUCCACGGGGAAGGUGCGUGAUCAUCAUAUACUGUAUGGAUGGAUUGAUCGGUUCAUCCUACCUGUUGGCUGGUCGACGGAUGGCUGGAUGGACACGUGCCGCCAGGCGGAUGGAUGGGGUUCAUGGGAAUGCAACGCACGAUGCUGUCCUCAUAUCAUAAUUUUUUUUUCUUUAGUGUUUCUAUGUGCUAUUAAUUUUAAUAGUAGAAGUACUGUUUCUUAGCUUUCUAUUUCUCUUUUCUCUGUUCAAUUUCAUCCAAAAGUGUACCUACGUACGUACUAGCUAUUGCAUGAUCGAUGUGGUCAAUAUAUUGGUUGUCAUCUCAUGUGC